UAGUUCUGCCACUGUAUGUUUUACAAAAUAGAAAAAAUCGUAAUUGACCAAAUUGCCUGUUUCCAUUGUCGGCGAUCGCAGCCUCUGACGUCGGCCUACUACCUAUCGCCACUAGUGUCGUAUUACAAUACGCCGUACGUCACGUACAUACCAAAGCUGUCGCAGGCCGAGUUGAUCUACCGGCCGCAGGCCCGCGCGCUGACCCGACUCGCCACAUACCCAGAGCCCCCUCACCACGUAGUUCGCGUGCGUGUGCGCCCCUCUGUUAUCCUUCGGGAACUCGACCGUAUCGCCUACCGUCGCCGACCAGCACUCGCCGUCUCCGCUGUUGAUGACUUCUACCGCUCAGAAUCUACGAAGCUGUUCGAGGAUGAGACCCGUCGCAUCCGCGCCGAUACCGCGGCGCUACUGCACCGCGCGCGCUCUGUCGUUCCGCGCGCCAAGUCCCUCGCACCUCUUGACACCAUCUACUCAUACUCGUACGGCGAACCUAUUCCUUAUCGCUUCAGCAACGACGCAUACGUAGCAAAACUUCUGCUCCCUCUCCGCAGCGUGGCCGACACUAUCCACAAUAUUUCCUUCUACAAUGAGCCCGCCAAGAAGUUCACAGGUACCGGUGCAGGACGUGGUCACCUCGCGUGCGUGCACUACUCGGGCAAUAGGGCCUUCUCCAACCGUCGGCCGCUCUACAAGGAGCUCAGCGUCAGAGACGACGUAAACCUGCUCUCGUUUUAUGCGAAGAAUAGGCUCGCAGCCGCCGGCUUGGAGGGCGAAAAAGCCACAGUGAAGCUGCUGCCGUGGAGGCCAAGCCGCAAGUUCCAGGCGCCGUCAAUGAUGGAGGACCCCGAGAUGGAGUUGAAAGCCGCAAAGGCAGAGCGCGCAGCUCGCUUCAGGGCAACUACAGCGGAGCCGGUUCUCGCACCAGCAGCGGACUUGGCCGCGAUUAAGAGAAAAAGGCAAGAAGAGGCUCGUGCCGCUGAAGAAAAGGCUCUGAAAGAAGAGGCAAAACGUGAACUAGAACGAAAGGCUCAGGCAGAAAGAGAGGCUGCUGAAAAAAAGAGAGCGGAGGAAGAAGCACGGAAAGCCGAAGAAGCCAAACGCAAAGCUGAAGAAGAUGCUAGAAUAGCUGAGGAAGAAGCAAGAAAGGCGGAAGAAGCUAGAAAAGCCGCAGAGGAAGCCAAAAAAGCUGAAGAAGCCAGACAGGCAGAAGAAGCUAGAUUAGCUGAAGAAGCUAGAAAAGCCGAAGAAGCAAGGCUGGCAGAGGAAGCUCGCCUUGCAGAAGAAGCCCGAUUGGCUGAAGAAGCCAGACUUGCCGAGGAAGCCCGAUUAGCUGAGGAGGCAAGACUCGCUGAAGAAGCCAGACUGGCUGAGGAAGCAAAACUGGCUGAAGAAGCUCGCUUAGCUGAAGAGGAACGACAAGCUGAACAGAUAAGGCAAGAGGAACUGGCACGCUUAGAAGAAUUGGAGAGACAGGCACAAGAGGAACGCGAAGCCGAAUUAGCAAGACAGGCUGCAGAAUUAGCUGAAAUCGCUAGGCAAGAAUCUGAGUUGGCUGCACAGCGUCUGGAAGAAUUAUCACAUAGCGCCUCUGGUGACAACGUUGCUGAGGUUGAAGCAAGCGACAUCCCUGAAGUGGAAUCACAACCGAUCGUAGAGGAGCCAGAGAGCCCGGAGAUCAUAGCUGACUCAGUACCGGAACAGACCGAUGCGGUGGCGGAAAUCAGUGAAGAUGAACAAGCUGAGCCCGAUGUAACGGACGAGGAAUAAACCAUGUGUCUAAAUUAGUAAUUUACUUAAAGCUGCGUAAGAAUGGCAUUGAACUUGUCCUGUGUGCUUGAAAUAUUUGUUUUAAUUUCAAGAGAAACGAAAUUAUUAAUAAAAUAAUAAAUACCGAAAUUUUUUUGUGUAAUUAAUACGAUGUACAUGUGAAAAAAAAAUCAACUUAUUAUCCAUUGUCAACAUUACGAAAAUUGUUUUGUCUUAAAAUAUCAAUUUUAACCAAAAUGAUUAAUUUUAAUUAUUAAUAUUGUAACAGUUUUGUAUUCUGUUGUUAUGUGUAUGAUUAGCAUUCUUUUUGUGCGCAUUUUCUUUUAGGGGUUUAAAUACUUUUAAAUUAUUUUCUAUGAUGAAAUUAUUCUUGGCUCAUGUAUUACCUAUAUACCUGAGUCGUGUAAUAAUUACUGUUUGUUAUUUACUCGUGAGUUGUACUUUCCUGUCAGUAAUAAAAUUACUAGACAGUGAGAGUAAUGUUUAAAUCGAGCCCUACUGUAAUGUCGUUAACAAAUAAUUUCGUUUUAUUUUGUAAUGUUUUGUAUCAAAUGUUUAUUAACAAUAAAAGACAUAUUUAAA